CAUAAGUACAAGAGAGUUGAAAGUUGAGAGAAGCCAAGUAGAGAGAGAACCAAAAAGAGAGUUCUAAAUUCUAAUGGCAGAACAAAACGGAGUACACAACCUCUCUCUUCAAACCACAACCCCUAUGGAGACUGACAACGGAGACACACCACAACUCCAACCUCAAGAACAAGAACAACCCAAGUGUUUAAUCACCAAGACCGACAAUGGAAGCAUAGAGAGUCAUCGUUACUACCUCUCUCGCAGAACAACACUCGAGAUGCUCAAAGACAGAGGCUACUCUAUUCCCACUCCCGAAAUCCAGCUCUCCCUUGAAGAAUUUCGUCAAGUUCAUGGUCAAUCUCCUGAUGUUGAUCGACUCCGGUUUACGGCUAGUCAUAGCACUGAUCCCUCUAAAAGGAUUUUGGUUAUUUUUAGUGGGCCAGGGACUGUGAAACUGAAUGUGGUUAGGAACAUUGUUGGACAGAUUGUGAAUAGAGACACUCUCAGUGGUUUGAUUUUGAUUGUGCAAAAUCAGAUCACUAGCCAGGCUUUGAAAGCGGUUAAUGUUCUAUCUUUCAAAGUUGAAAUUUUUCAGAUCACAGACUUGCUUGUUAAUAUUACAAAGCACGUGUUGAAGCCAAAGCAUCAGAUUCUUACUGAUAAGCAGAAAAGAAAUCUCCUGAAGAAGUACGAUAUACAAGAAAAGCAGCUUCCCCGGAUGCUACAGACAGAUGCAAUUGCUCGAUAUUAUGGACUUCAGAGGGGGCAGGUAGUUAAAGUUACCUACACCGGUGAAAUCACCCAGAUGCAUGUUACCUAUCGAUGCGUUUGGUGAUAUAACCAUAGUCUCCGUUUCUCUUUUGUUUUGGUGUUUGAAUUCUUCGCAGAAUUCAAUUGUUGUAUCAUGCGUAAGUUUAUGACAGUAGAAGUGUAACUUAUAAUCCUAGGUUUUCUAUCCUAAUGUUUUGAACUCACAAAGUUUGAUCUUGUGGAUUUCUCUGUGUACUACUAAUGUUUACUGCGCCGUCGAGGUGUUGCUAAUGUAUCAGAUUUAAAUUAAUGUAUGUAAAUCAGGAAAGCUAUCAGCACAUUGAAACCU